UAUGAGUCUGCCUCAGACUCCUUAUAAAUACAGCUUGACUCAACCACUGUAUGACUGGCAUCCUUGGAACAUGAAGUGGAUACUGUUCUUUGGGGCCCUUAUCGGCUCUGGCAUCUGUGACCGAGAAACAUUUUCUGGGCACCAAGUUUUCAGAAUUAACGUCAGAAAUGGAGAUGAGAUCAGCAAACUCAAUCGGCUAGUGAAUUCAGACAACCUUAAGCUCAACUUGUGGAAAUCUCCCCCUGCCCUCGGUCAUCCUACAGAUGUCCUGGUCCCUUCUGUCAGUCUGCAGGAAGUCAAAUCCUUCCUGGAGGACCAUGACUUAGAGUACUCAGUGGCUGUUGAAGACCUGCAGACUAUUUUAGAUGCUGAAAAGCAAGAAAUGCAACACAACGUACAUCAAGAACUGAGCAGCAAUUGCUUUAACUAUGGGGCCUAUCACACCCUGGAAGCUAUUCACAAAGAGAUGGACAACAUUGUCAAAUAUUAUCCUCGCUUGGUGAGCACAGUGACGAUUGGGCAUUCAUUUGAGAACCGAUCGAUGUAUGUACUGAAGUUCAGCACUGGAGAAGGGAGACAGCGGCCGGCCCUUUGGCUGAAUGCAGGCAUCCAUGCCCGGGAGUGGGUCUCACCGGCCACGGCAAUCUGGACCGCGAGAAAGAUUGCAUGUGAUUAUGGGAAAGAUGCAAUCAUCACCUCCACCUUGAAGAAAAUGGAUAUUUUCGUGUUGCCGGUGGCCAAUCCUGAUGGAUAUGUAUACACUCAUACUCACAACCGAUUAUGGAGAAAGACACGGUCUGUAAAUCCUGGAAGCACCUGCAUUGGUACUGAUCCAAAUAGAAAUUGGAAUUCUAGUUUUGGAGGAGUGGGAUCCGUUGCCGACCCUUGCUCUGAGGUAUAUCAUGGACCCUAUCCCCAUUCAGAAGUGGAGGUGAAAUCAGUGGCAGAUUUCAUUAAAAAACAUGGGAACUUCAAAUGCUUCAUUGACCUGCACAGCUUCUCACAGAUGGUGUUGUAUCCAUAUGGCUACACAGCUACGAAGGCCCAGGAUGCUGAUGAACUGGAUAUGGUGGCGAGGAAUACAGCCAAAGCUCUGGCUAUGUUGUCGGGCACUCAGUACCGAGUGGGUUCUAUCUUCUCCAUUACCUAUGCAGCUAGUGGGAGUACUGUUGACUGGGCAUAUGAUAAUGGCAUCAAGUAUGCGUUCUCUUUUGAGUUGAGAGAUACUGGGGACUAUGGCUUCGCUCUGCCUGCCAGCCAGAUCAUCCCCACUGCACAGGAGACCUGGCUGGGGCUGAAGACCAUCAUCGAGCAUGUGCGGGACAACAUCUAGAAGAGAGCCUUGUUCUGUCUACAUUUUAUAUCCCCUUGUGCAUACACACAGAGGCCCUUAUUAAAGAGAGCUUAUUCCUUCA